UGGGCGCGUUACAUUUUGAUGAGGGUUUCUUGUUUGUUCGUAUGAAUGGCGAUAAGAUGAUAACAGAUUCAUUUACUACCUGAUAAACCAUUUGUUUUUGUAAUAUAUUUCAAGUGCGGCGAAUAAUGUAUUUAGACUUCAGACUUCAGUAGUGUGGCAUGGGUUACGCCCCUUUUCGUUUUGUGUGUGUGCGUGCAAAUAGAGCUACAAACCGCAAAUAUCUCAAUGAAUUUAGGAUUUUAUUUUGCAUUUAAAAGGAGACAGCAAUAUGAAAUGAAAUGGCAAAUGUUGAAAUUGAAAUAAAUUAAAAAUGGAGUUUUGACAUGAGCCUUUUGCCACAGAUCCUUUAAAAUCAGCAACGUUUUUGAAUAUUAGCACAGUACAACAUUUACUAGCAAUUGAAAAGGAUCUACUCUUGACUGCCUUAAAUUAUUAUUUUAUUUUUUUUUUCCUGUUUAUUUCCAAUAUGAGUGAUUUUAGUAUUGAUUAUAUAUUAAAUAGAGCCGGUGAAAAGUAUGAAGGAACUAAUCGUUCACUCGGCAUUAUUAAACGUAAUAAUAAAAUUCCACAAUUUCAUCCAUUUAUGAUGGUCAUAAAUGAUCAUGAAAAUAAAUUGGAAUUUUUAAAACAAUUGCAACAGCAUCACCACCAGCAGCAGCAACAACAAGAUCAUCAUCAACAGCAAUGUUUGGAUGAAAUGCCUGUAUUGGAUUGGUUACAAUAUUCUCGCUAUCAUCCACCAAAGUUACCCAGAUCUUUGCGUCAAGGACCGGCUAAACGUACUCCUGGACGUCUGCCACGCAUACCUUUUACGCCCGCUCAGUUACAAACCCUAGAGAAUGCCUAUAAAAAUUCCAACUAUUUAAGUGCUGAAGAUGCCAAUAAAUUGGCAGAGUCAUUGGAUUUAACAAAUACUCGUGUAAAAAUAUGGUUUCAGAAUCGUCGUGCCCGUGAACGACGUGAAAAACGUGAAAAAGAAGAAAGUUAUGAUUCCACACUAUCGUCUAAUGCUUCAACACCUGAACCGGAGGAUGUUAUAGAUAUUGAAUAG